UUGCUCACGUUGAAGUCCACAUAAAUCUCAGUCGCCUGUGCCUUUUUUUUUCUCCGUCUCCAAUUCAUGGAAGAAUGCGGCGAUAUUUGACAUAUUGGAUGUUGACCGCAUAACAUAGGAACAAAGAGAUCUGAAAAGAAAGAACUCAAGAUAGAGAGAAGCUAGGGAAGAAGAGAAGACGGAUUGUGCUCCUCAAAAGUUAGCUAGCUUCUAUCAAAGAGGAGAGAUGAUCAAGGGGGAGAAGCAGCUUGGUAACCGUGAAGAGCAGUUGAAAGACGAGAUCAAAGAUGAUGAUCAGAUGCCGGAUGGCAACUUUUUCAAGUACUUCAACAAAUCAAGCAGAAAAAAAGAGGUGUGUUCACCAAGCACAAGGGAAAGAUCUCAAAUGGACUCAGCAUCAGAGCAAACCUCAUUAAAUCUGAAGGCUCAGAACAAGGUUCAGGAGGACAAACUCGCAUCCACAAGGGCUGAGAUGGGUGAGGUAAGAGAAGAGAACGAGAGGCUAAAAAAGAUGCUAUCACGCAUUGUAGAGGACUACCGAUCUCUUCAAAUGCACUUCCAUGACGUUCUUCAACAAGGACAAGUCAAGAAGCUUGCAGACCCUACGAUCGCAUUGACCACCAACAUCGAGGAGCCUGGAUUCGUCUCACUGAGCCUCGGCACGAGCACAAGCAUGCACAAGAAGGAAGAGAAGAGUAGUAUUGCCGAAGGCAGAGGGAGAGAAGACUUCAUGAAUAUUAAAGAAGGAGGCCUCUCUCUUAGAUUAUCAGACUGCAAAGUUGGUGCAACUAACAGUGUGAAGAUACAGCCCGAUGUGCUGACCUUGAGUCCUGAAGGCAGCUCGAAGGAUGCCAAGGACGACGCAGUUCAGACAACAGAGCAGUGGCCGCCCAGCAAAACGCUGAAGAACUUGAGCGUUGGCGUGGAAGCUGAGGAAGACAUAGGUCCACUGCCUCAGGCCAAGAAGGCUAGGGUGUCCGUAAGGGCAAGGUGUGAUGCGCCAACGAUGAAUGACGGAUGCCAAUGGAGGAAGUACGGGCAGAAGAUAGCCAAGGGGAACCCGUGUCCCCGCGCCUACUAUCGGUGCACCGUUGCAGCAGGAUGCCCCGUCAGGAAGCAGGUGCAGAGAUGCGCGGACGACAUGUCGAUCCUGAUCACCACCUACGAGGGCACGCACAACCACCCGCUCUCCGCCUCCGCCACCGCCAUGGCCUCCACAACCUCCGCCGCGGUGUCCAUGCUCACGUCGGGCUCCUCCACCUCCCUCGGUUUCCCCACCGCCCCGCCGGCCGCCUCCGCAACCGACCUCAGAUUCGGCUUCCCGGCAGCGCCCGACGCCCCCAAGCCGUUUUGCCUCCCCGCCGGCGCCGCGUCCAUCACCUCCACCCUGUCCUACCCGACCAUCACACUCGACCUCACCUCGCCAGCAGCGGCCACUUCGCAGGCCUUCUCCCUGAGCAACAGGUUCUCCUCGAGCUUCGGCCACGGCACUAGGUACCCUCCCACGAGCUUCUCCUUCUCCAGCUCCGGGUCGAGCGCGCUGUCCAGCGCUGCAUGGCCGGCCAGUGGUGCUGGGUACUUGAGCUAUGGGUCACCAGCUGCGUCGUCGUACGACGUCGGCAAGCUCAGCUCUUCCGAAGCUGCACUGGGCAGCAUCAAUGGAAGGCAACAAGGCGGAGAAGGCCCGGUGCUCUACCACAACCAGCAGCAGAAGCUCACCGACACGAUAGCGAAGGCGAUCACGUCGGACCCGGGCUUCCACACGGCGCUGGCGGCCGCCAUCACGUCGUACGUCGGCACGCAGGGCGGUGGGUCAUCGGCGGGAGGUGAGGGCAGCCAGCUGCAGGGGCUCAGGUGGCGGCAACAUCUCGGCCUGGGGCUGUCGCCGUCAAGCACGAGCGCGGCAUGCUCGUCAGUACUUCUGGAACAGCCGCCGCCGACGUCGGCGGUGGCGGCUCAGAGCUCGAGUGCGCGGACGUUCUUGCAGCCGUCGCUGGGGCUGUCAGGCUCUCACAGUGCUUCUACGUCUCCUGUGGAGAACAGGGAGCACAUUAGCUAAAUAUUCUGAAUAUGUCUAGUUCAUUCAAAAGUUAUUGGAAUUUGGUCAUUUCAUCAUUUGGUGUAGAUAUCCUGACUCACUGUAGGAUAUUAGGAUAAAGAAAUUGUUUGAUUCACAGUACACAUGUAAAACAGAGAAAUGAGUUUCAGUUUUUCAAUC